UGCAAUGCUGCAUGCAUGGUCUAAACAUUCGCGAUUUUUUUACUCGAUCUCAUUCUUCUGCCACUUGUCUUUGCGAUCUGUUCGUGCUCUUUGCUAGGCUCGAAGCGCGAGCGCCGAAGAGACUGAGUGAUCGACAUGACUGUCCUGAGCAUCAUAAGCAUGCUCGAGAACCAGUUCUGGCGCUAGGCGCUCAGCUCCGCCGUUGAGCUGUCUGUGCUGUGCAAGAUUGGAGAAAGGUUACAUUUCAUUUGACUUACUGGUACCUCCUAAAAAUGCCUCCUAAACGAGCAGCUGCGACUGCCUCGACCACCAAACCACCCGCUGGAGCGAGGGCAACAGCAGCGCGUGGCGGGAGGACGGCUGCUCCGGCCGCCGCACGGGGAAGUUCCCACGCGGCAUCCCAUCAGGCUGCCGGCACAAGGCAAGGGACAGCAGCAGCAACAGCAGGAAGAGGCGGCACAGCAGCAGCAGCUAGCACCAGGGGACGUGGAGUGGGACCUGUCCGGGGAGGGAAUGCCAGGGGAAGGGCUGCACCGGCUCGAGGCGGGAAGGUGCAGCCUCAGACAACUAAACAGGCUGGGACGAAAGGUCCGAGUAAAGCUGCAGCAGGGGCCUCAGCAACAAAGGCGAAAGCAAACGUCUGGACGAAAGAGGAUUCUGCGGCGCGCAUAUUGCAAUGCUUGGUAAGGAGAUUUCUUGCUCGGCGAAAGCUUGCUGGCCUGCGCCUCAAGAAGCAACAGUACAAGGAUGAAAUGGAUGGAAUCGAGAAGGAGGCGUGGCGGCAGAUUAUGCUGCGGGAGCAGAAAGAAGCCGAGGAGCAGAGACAGCGUGAGGCUGAGGAGCGUCGCAAGAGACGCGAGGAGGCCAACAGGCAGAAGAGAAUGCUGGAAGCAGCGUUCGAUGGAGAUCUAGAAGACAUCGCAAAGCUCUUCAAAGAGGUGGAAUCUGUGGCGACAGUGGAGGCAAAGGCUAAGUCGAAAGAUGGCUUGACGCGAGACCAGAUGAACUCGUAUGUUCGUAACCGGCAGACAAAACUGGCCGACUGCGAGGACGCCAACAAGAACACUCCAUUGUCAGAAGCCGCGGCUGGCGGCAGUACCGAAGCCAUCCAGGUUUUGCUGAAGUAUGGCGCGGACCCCAAUUCAAAGGGAGGCUACGGUCGAACGCCGUUGUACCGCGCAGCCUUUGCAGGGCACCUUGACACAGUCAAAGCGUUACUGGAUUGUGGAGCUGAUCCCAGGCUCCAUGCUGAGGACGGUGCAAAGCCAGAGCAGAUUGCCAGUCAAGACGCGGUGCGUGAUGUCCUGGCAAACUGGGACUUGGCCAGCACCGAGACUGCACUUUCAAACCUCUCGCUGGAGAGGGAGAAACGGGACAAGGCCUGGAGUGAACUGAAAGCGGCCGAGACAAAGCGCUUGACGGACAGCAUCCUCGACGCAGAGCAGGAGCACAAGAGAUGGCAGAAGGAGCUGAAGAAAGCAUACCAAGAGUUGGAGAAGAGGAUCAGUGAGCAUGAUCAGCUGAUUGCCGAAGGGAAAUCAGACAUGAAGGAUGUCACUCUACAGAUGAUUCAUGAUGCUGAGGAUCACUUGGAGAUGAUGAAGAUGAAUGCCCAGCAAGCUCAGGAAACAUUGCAAAAGGCACGGCUGACAGCCCGCGAGCAGAGUCAGGAGGAGAACCCGGAAGACCUGGUUGGUCUAAAGGUGGUGCUGCGGGAGCUCGAUGAUGUACUCAUACGCGAUGUGGGUGACAAGAUCAAGACGUCUGGAAAAUGGCCUCUGAUAAUCGAUGAGACAAAGCAAGUCGCUACGUUCCUCAAGUACAGAGAUACCAACUAUCUGAACACGAUGCGGGCUAAGGACAUGGAGGCAAACAGCAUACGGCAAGCAUUGCUGGGCUCGUUAAGGUUUGGAAAGCCCACUGUAAUGGACAUGUUGGAUGCGGACAUGUGGGAUGCCGUGGAGCGCUCCUUCAACCUGGUGCGGCCCGGACUGCUCUCUGCGGUCAUGGACAAGUCCAUUAUGAAGGAAAGUGUCUACGAGUCACUGAUUCGAAAAGAAGAUGGCAAGGCCUAUGAGAAGACUAACUUCAUGCGUGGACGUGUUCAAGACUUCCAGUUCAUAGUGAUCACCAGAAUGCGAUACCCACCUGAUCAGGUAGUUCACCAGAUGUAUCCCAUCAGGGUCAUCAUGCAGCCACAGCCAGUAUGAGCCAACACACUGUCCAAACUAGUAUUGUUAACUCAGCCAAGCUUGGACGGGCGCUUUAGAGACUGACUGCCGGAGUGAAACUCACACAUGCCCGCACGCACUCCUGCAUGCACGCACGAGCGCGCGCGCGCACACACACACACACACACACACACACACACACACAUACACACAUACAUACAUACAUACAUACACACACACACACACACACACACACACACACACACAUUGAAUGACUUGAGUUGCCUUCUGACCUCCGAGGGCAUGUACAUACUCGCAAAGUACAUGACUGUACAAUUCGAUCAGUGAAAUAUAUCCAGGACGUACUUAGGCAGGAAUUGGACAUUUGGACUACUUUGUGUGCCAUGACUUGCUUGUUGCUAUGAGAAAGGCAAACAGUUGACUAUGGGUGCCCAGAAAAUGGCUAGUAGCUGUAGGGUGUGUGGUGUGCACAUAGGUUGUGUGACUUGGAUAUUAUGUGCAGGCACAACUAGCGUCACGACAGGAUCAUACAGGUUUGCUUUGACGAAAGGUUCAAGAUCCACUGGCUUCUUCCACAUACAUGAAAACGACGUAUUAUAUUGCGGCCUUAUGAACUCAAUAUGAUGUAGAGGACAUUUUAGCUUAUCAGGGCUAACUUUAUGCAAGAGGCCUAAGUCUGAGGAAAUUAGCAUAGUUUGACGGCAGAGAGGCUGUAAUGCUCA